AUGCCCCGCAAAGACGCCGGGGGUUCCAUCUCUGCCCAGGCGCAGCAGGACCUCAUCUCAGACGGCAUAGAGAACUACGAGCUCCCGAAAUCCAUCGUCACCCGCAUCGCCAAGUCCGUGCUCCCAGACAGCAUCAAAAUGCAGAAGGAGACUGUGCUCUCGCUCGUAAAGGGGUCCACCGUGUUCAUCAACUACCUGGCAGCUACCGCACACGAUGUGGCCCUGUCCAAACAACACAAGAGCAUUUCUGCGUCUGACGUGCUGAAAGCGCUCGAGACGAUCGAGUUCGGUGAUUUAGUCGACCAACUGCAGGAUGAGCUGCAACUCUACCGAGAGCUGGGAAAGGCUGACAAGAAUAAGAAAGCGGCCGCUAGUAUUUCCAAAGGCAAAGGGCCGGCCUCUGAAUCCUCAGCAUCCACGCCAGCGCCGACCAUUAGCAUCAAAGGAAAGGAACGCGCGGUCAUCGUGCUUCCAGCGCGAAACGGAGCGAGCAGCAUAAGUACCCCGCUUGGUGGUGACUCGAUAUCCUCCAGGUCUGUUGCUGGAGAAAUGGAGAUUGAUGACGAAGAUAACGGCGGGCAAGAUAUCGAGGAGGAAGAAGGUGAAGGUGAUGAGGUAUCUGAUGAGGAUGAAGAAGAGCCGGAAGAGCUUGUCGAUACUGUUGCCCGCGACGCGCAAGACCUCCAAAGCGAUGCGCGUGGUCUUGAAGACACACCGAUGGAAGAAUGA